AGUUAUUUAGCGUUUUGGUGUUUCAGUCGCUUUUCGAACCGCCAAGCAAAAAGUCGUGCCAGCGCACGGACGCCUUUUGGACCGGUUAACGAGGUCGACGUGUUGAGCCAACGCGAAUUGUUACUGGCGAAUGUAAAUACUGGAUAUCCGAUAACUAAGUCAAAGUGUUCGACUGACUUUCGGUGAUCUCAGUGAUGCACAGUCAUCCGAAACACAAAUAGCUUUCGGAUAUUAGUGACGGUUUUUAUUUGUUUUCGUUUCACUAAACACUCAAAAACCCGUGCCGCGAAAGGUCAAAUGUAAUUAUCCGUACACUUGGUGGCACAUUUGGUGCAUGGACAACCACCGUACAGCGUGUUUCGUAUGCACGAAAAUAAAUGUUGCCGCGUCAAUUUAUCGUUUGAUUUUCAUAAGCUAUGCUGUGCUACGACCAAUGAAGAGUAGCAGCUGUAUAAUCAAAUGUUCGGGCACAGUGAAAAAAAAUUUAAGGCAAUAAGGGUUUCUUAUUUGUGGAUUGCAAACACUUAAUCAAAAAAAUGGUGGAACAGCGUAGGAAAUACAAGAAAGCAUGCUACGAUCAAAUAGUUUUCAAGUGGGGAUUACAAAAAAAAACUUUAUUAAAAUGUAAAAUAUUUCUAUCUUAAAGCACAGAAUUUCUACCCAUAGUGGGCGGUACUUUUUCUCCAUGUAAAAACAAAUACAGCGUGGAAAGGCAAAUUGGAGACGCGCUUUAUUGUCAUCCAUUCAUUGGCUACGGCAUAGAAAGUCGAUUCGCUUUCGUACCGCUAUUCUCCGGUGCUCUCUCCUACUCUCUUACCAUCUCCCGAUCCUCUCUCUCUCUCUGUUAAGUACCGCUCUUUCUUUUGUUUUGCAACUGCAAUUGUUGUUAAUUGCAAAUGCUGUUCAGACCAGUUUUCUUUGCCAUUCGUCGGCGUCAUCGGCUGUACGCUCUUUUCCCUUUUAUCGGGCAUUAGCCGCACUUUUAGUUGCAUGUGCGAACCGAUUUACUGGUAAAUUGCAUUCGACCCACUGAAAUCGAGGGGCUUGCAGAUCGGAUCGGUUAGUGGCAUCCGUUUAGUACUAAACGAGAUAGUAUGUCAUUACUAAAUCAGCGAGCUGAAAGCCAACAGUUCCACAGACUCGAAGAUGAUGAGGACUUCACCUCGUCCGCCGGCUACGAUGCAGAUGAUGGAGAGAGGCGUGUCAUAAACCUAAAUGGGCCGCAGCCCACUAAGUACUGUAAUAAUCGCAUAACGACGGCAAAAUAUAGUUUCAUCAGCUUUUUGCCCGCGUUUCUGUUCGAGCAGUUUAGGCGGUACUCCAACUGCUUUUUCCUGCUAAUUGCCAUACUGCAACAAAUCCCGGAAGUAUCGCCCACGGGUCGUUACACCACGUUGGUCCCGCUGAUGUUUAUCCUCUCGGUGAGCGCCAUCAAGGAGAUAAUUGAGGAUAUUAAACGACAUCGUGCGGAUAAUGAGAUCAAUCACAGAUUGAUUGAGCGCCUGGAUAGUGGCUCCUGGAACACAGUCCGCUGGUCGGAAUUGACGGUUGGUGACAUCAUAAAAGUGGGGAUCAACUCCUUCUUCCCCGCCGAUCUGAUUCUCCUGUCGUCCAGUGAACCACAGGCCAUGUGCUUCAUAGAAACAGCCAAUCUGGAUGGCGAGACGAACCUGAAGAUCCGACAGGCUCUGCCAGCCACCGCCGGUCUCCUGGAGACGAAGGACCUGCAGCGCCUGGAGGGCAGGAUCGAGUGCGAGAUGCCCAACAGGCACUUGUACGAGUUCAACGGGGUGCUCAGGGAAACCGGAAAGCCUCCAGCUGCUUUGGGCAACGACCAGGUGCUGCAGCGCGGCGCCAUUCUGAGGAACACGGCGUGGGUGUUCGGCAUCGUGGUCUACUCCGGCCAGGAGACGAAGCUGAUGAAGAACUCUACCUCGGCGCCGCUGAAGCGCUCCACCGUGGACAAGCUGACCAACACCCAGAUCCUCAUGCUGUUCAUGAUCCUCAUCUCGCUGUGCAUCACCAGCGGACUGUGCAAUCUCUUCUGGACGCGGGAGCACUCGGAGACGGACUGGUACUUGGCGCUCACCGACUUCCGGACCAAAAGCCUCGGCUACAACCUGCUGACCUUCUUCAUUCUGUACAACAACCUGAUCCCCAUCUCGCUGCAGGUGACCCUCGAGUUAGUCCGCUUCCUGCAGGCGAUCUUCAUCAACUACGACAUCGAGAUGUACCACGAGCAGUCCAACACGCCUGCGAUGGCGCGUACCUCGAAUCUGAACGAGGAACUGGGCAUGGUGAAGUACAUCUUCUCGGAUAAGACGGGCACUCUCACGCAGAACGUGAUGGAGUUCAAGAAGUGCUCCAUCGCUGGUUAUGUUUACACACCGGAGAGAACGCCCGAGGAAUCGCAAUUGGUGCAGAACAUCCUGAGUCGCCACCAGACGGCUGCGGUGAUCGAGGAGUUCCUGGUCCUCCUAUCCGUGUGCCAUACAGUGAUCCCCGAGAGGAAGGAGGAUGGCACCAUCAUCUACCACGCCGCCAGUCCAGACGAACGAGCUUUGGUGGAGGGUGCCAAUAGGUUCGGUUACAUCUUCGACACGCGCACUCCGGAAUACGUGGAGAUCAAUGCAUUGGGAGUGAGGAAGCGUUACGAGGUGCUCAACGUCCUGGAAUUCACCUCGACCCGAAAGAGGAUGUCGCUGAUUGUUCGCACGCCGGACAACAAGAUCAAGUUGUUCUGCAAGGGAGCGGAUACGGUGAUCUACGAGCGGUUGGCUCCGCAGGGACAAGCUUUCCGGGAACAGACGCUGCGGCAUUUGGAGGAGUUCGCCUCGGAUGGUUUGAGGACACUCUGCCUGGCAGUGGCCGAUAUCCGACCGGAUGUCUACCAGGAAUGGCGACAGACCUUCGACAAGGCAUCGGUGGCCCUGCAGAAUCGGGAGAGCAAGCUGGAAGAUGCCGCCAAUCUGAUUGAGAAUAAUCUGAGAUUGUUGGGAGCCACGGCCAUUGAGGAUCGGUUGCAGGAUGGUGUGCCGGAGACGAUUGCCUCACUGCUGGAUGCUGGAAUCUACAUCUGGGUGCUAACCGGCGAUAAACAGGAAACGGCCAUCAACAUUGGCUACUCCUGCCGGCUAAUCAGUCACUCAAUGGAUAUUAUCAUCCUCAAUGAGGAGAGCUUAGAUGCCACCCGCGAAGUAAUCCAUCGUCACUAUGGAGAGUUCAAGAGCUCUUCGGCCAAGGACGCAAAUGUGGCUUUGGUCAUCGAUGGCACCACUCUGAAGUACGCCUUGAGCUGUGAUCUGCGGAAUGAUUUCCAAGUGCUCUGCCUCCUGUGCCGCGUGGUCAUCUGCUGUCGCGUGUCGCCGAUGCAAAAGGCCGAAGUGGUCGAAAUGGUCACCCAGAGCACGAACGCAGUGACCCUGGCCAUUGGCGAUGGGGCCAACGAUGUGGCCAUGAUCCAGAAGGCGAACGUGGGCAUUGGAAUUUCUGGAGUGGAAGGUCUUCAGGCGGCCUGUGCCUCGGACUACUCGAUUGCCCAGUUCCGCUACCUGCAGAGGUUGCUCCUCGUCCAUGGAGCUUGGAACUACGCGCGGAUCUCCAAGCUGAUCCUGUACAGCUUCUACAAGAACGUCUGCCUGUACGUGAUCGAGCUGUGGUUCGCCCUCUACUCCGGAUGGUCGGGUCAGAUCCUCUUCGAGCGCUGGACCAUUGGUCUGUAUAAUGUGCUCUUCACGGCCAUGCCGCCGUUCGCCAUGGGACUCUUCGAGAAGUUCUGCACGGCGGAGACGAUGAUCCGCUAUCCGCUGCUCUACAAAACCUCGCAGAAUGCCAAGCUCUUCAACGUGAAGGUGUUCUGGAUUUGGAUAUUCAAUGCGCUGCUGCACUCGGUGUUCCUCUUCUGGCUGCCAUUGGCUGCUUAUGCGAAGGAGGUUAUCUGGAGCGAUGGCAAGACCAGUGAUUACCUGAUGAUGGGCAAUCUAGUCUAUACGUAUGUGAUUGUAACAGUUUGCCUGAAGGCCGGACUCAUCACGAACUCGUGGACCUGGCUGACGCACCUGGCCAUUUGGGGCUCCAUAGUCCUGUGGUUCGGCUUCCUGCUGAUCUACAGCCAUGUUUGGCCAACGUUCAAGUUCGCCAGCAAUUUUCGCGGCAUGGAUAUCCAGCUGCUCUCCACGCCAGUUUUCUAUUUUGGUUUGCUGUUGGUGCCCAUCACCACGCUGCUGGUGGAUGUUAUCUGCAAACUUGUACACAACACGGUGUUCAAGACUCUCACGGAGGCCGUUCGCGAAACCGAAAUUCGACGCAGCGACAUCUCCGAAGUGAUGAACGAACCGCGAUCUUCUGACUCUGGUUUCGGAUACGCCCUCGGCAAGUUGGUGCGGUCCAGGCACGUCCUGAUCUCGCAGGACCUGCGUCCCAACCUGGAGUCGGGCUCCAGUGUGGAGUCCAAUCUGCGGGUGGAGAACCUGGAGCUGGAGGUGGACACGGAGCAGCAGCAGCGCAACAGGCAGCGGCAGAAGUGGCGCGGUGGUCAGCUGCAGCAGCUUGAGGCUCCCGGCAGGAGGAGAACCACCGCCAGCUCACCCACCACGGCCACGCUGCACAUGUGAACGGACGGAGGCAAUUCGAAUUAUUUUUUUAGAUUUAAAUCCCAUGUAUCUGAUAAGUGUGUGCAUAAUUGUAUAGUAUUGUAAUAUGCAUUCCGAGCGGGACUAUUUCCCGACUCCCGCAUCGAGUACCUCCUAAGGAUCAUAUCAUAUACCCAUUUGUGUACAUAUAUGUCAGGACUCGAGAGCGUAGUCUACUAUAUACAUCGCAUUCUGUAUGUGCUAACCAAACAUUUUGCCAACUGUGAUAGUGUCUAAGGAGUAGCCAGGUGGUUAGGCACGUAGGAUAGGCCAAUAAUCAGGGAAUGUUCCUUUGUGAAUCAUUCGUCAUUUCCGCGGAGUUACUUUGUGUAUUUAUAAUCGUACCUUAUUAUGUGUUUAAUGGAUGUUUAACUUAUAGUACACUUUUAAGAGACUUGUCAGGUUGUAAAAACGUUGAAAACGAAACCCCAGUCACGAAUGUUCCGUUCGAUCCUACUAAAAACAAUCUAUGAUUAACCAACCAACCAACCAACCACCAACCGAUAUACAUACUCAUCCCAACGUUAUUGGAAUGUGAUGGUACCCAGAUGAUAUGUAUGUAUCAGUUUUGAAUAUAUGUAUCCCGCACCGUCCACCCCAGAUCGCAUGCAAUUCGAUUCGGCCAAUGAUACUAUAAUCUAUAUACUAACUGUAUGGCUGCUGAUUGAUUUUAACCGAUCUGAAACGAUACGCUCUGCACUUAUGUUCUAUGUACUUAUGUUUUAUUUUGUAUUACUCGACACACACACACUUAACCAAUCACAACCAACACCUACACCUACGCAGAACCCAAACACACCCAACAAACAAUAACUAACCAAUAUAUAAUUUAAUAAAAGUCAAAGAGUCAACAGCAAA